UCUCAGUCGACGAAAAAAUCCUCUCUAUCACCUUUAAACAGAGUGGAAACUAAAUCCUCCAGCUUUUUGUAUUUCACUCUAAGUGACUUUUAUUUUGAAAAGUUUGCCUCGGGAGUACAGGGACUGACCAUUUGAUAGACGGUCAAGUCCAUUUUCCUGAAAACAGGUUCUCAAUAUUUGCAUUUCAAAGCAAAAAUAAAUAAAUAAAAGAAUUUCAAAGCUAAUUUUAUAUUACAACAAAACAAUAAACGUAUUUAAUCAGUUAACCAGAAAGGGCUCUGACUAUUAUAAAAUAAUACAGUAAAGUAUUAUGUAUUGUAGGUCGUAUUUAAUUUGUUGACUUGCUGAUCUUUUGGUCAAUUGCACAUAUUCACGUACUUUUACUUUGAAAUGGUCAUGAACAAAAGAGGAAGUGUUUAGCGCAGAGUGCAACUUUUCCAGGUAGUUUGCAUUCCAGACGGACAAUUACAGAUAUCAUGGUUUGGCUUUACAUUGAGAGCUCUUGUUUUUCACGAUCUAUUAGGAUUAUGGCGAUAAUUUGAUUGCAUGUAUUCAAAGUGGCUCUACAGAUCGGACUGCCAAACCAGAACGUUUUUUUCUUCUAAUUCUUGCAGUAAUAUAAUUUUACAUGGCUUUCAAACACAAUUCCUCAGUUUUACAUAUCUCGUAAUUGUGGUCACUAUGUCCAGAUAUGAGUUUUUUUAGUCAAACUACUCUAUUCAUCUUAUUAAUGCCGGACACUCCAAAGCAGGGCACACCAAAGGCUUGCAGCUCUGUUGAACCUCUUCUCAACAUGAAACAAAACGACACUCAGACUUACAAGCCUGCACAGGAAAAUAAUGCAAGCAGAUGUCUUUUGGUGGAGGACGGAGCAGAAGAAAACAUUCAGACUGUCAUUGGUGAUUCUGAUAACAGGGGCUGUUCUGAAGAUCAGGAAGGCGUGUUGCAGACAUCAAUCGAGCAACCUGAAAAGCCACAAGACGAAGAGUCUUUUGCAUGUGAGCAAUGUGGAAAGGCCUUUCCAAAGAUGUUUUCUCUUCUGCGACACAAACGUGUGCAUUUGGUCAUAAAGAAGCACUGUUGUGAAAAAUGCGGGAAGAAGUUCUCACAAUUAAGAGCACUAGAAACUCAUGUCCUCAAACAUGCACAGAAGUUUGAGAAGAAGAAAUUUCCUUGCAGUACAUGUGGGAAGAGCUUCAAGGAUCUCGCAGCGCAUGAACGGGUUCAUGCGGAAGUCAGACCAUUUACCUGCGAUAUAUGCGGACAGGGGUUCACGGUCAAAGGAAGUUUAUACAUGCAUCAGAGGGUGCACACGGGCGAAAAACCAUACACGUGUGAUACCUGUGGGAAGUGUUUCUCCCUGAUAGGCACCCUAAACUGCCACAAGAAGUUUCAUUCAAAUGACAGGCCGAUAAAGUGCAGCCACUGCAAUAAGAGCUUCAAGUGCAAGAGUCAUUUGAGACGCCACCUUCCUGUGCACACCGGUGAGAGACGAUAUACGUGUGAAACCUGUGGUAAAACUUUUGCGCAUCAUGAAGCUAUGACACGCCAUGUCCUCAUUCACACCGGUGAAAAGCCGUACAUCUGUGAGGUGUGUGGUAAAAGAUUUCGCCAGAGAAGCAAUUUGAAAGUCCAUAUGCGGUUACACGAAGAGACGCAAUUUAAGUGUGAAAUGUGUGGGAAAACAUUCCAGCAUGAGUUUUUGCUACAGAGCCAUAUGUUAACACAUAAUCAGACUGAAAAUUCAGGAGAUAAGAGCAAUGGCCAGUUUCUGAACUCCAACUCUGCAUUUAAAACGCAGCCACAUUCAGACAACGGCAAGCUGUUUACAUGCAAAUUGUGCGAGAAGAGCUACAGCAACGUUUAUAAUCUUCGCAUUCAUGAAAAGCUUCAUUCGGGGGAGACCCCAUUCAAGUGUGAGAUCUGCGGUAAGGCCUACGCACUCAGGAAAUCCUUUAAAACGCAUAUGUUGUGCCAUUCAGGAGAAAGACCUUACAAAUGCAUAGCAUGCGGGAAAACGUUCAAGUGGUCUGGCUCUCUGAAAAUGCAUAUGAAGACUCAUACUGAUGAAAAAACUCACAAAUGUAAGACUUGUGGAAAGACCUUUCGCUUGUAUGGAAAUUUAAAGCGUCACAAGCGUGUCCAUACUGUGGAGAAGACGUUCAGUUGUAAGGUCUGUGGGGAUGGCUUUCAGGAUCCCAACCAUGUUAAAGCACAUAUGCAAAUUCAUACUGGAGUGAAAACUUACACAUGCCAGAAGUGUGGGAAGAAUUAUGUAUAUCUUAGACAUUACAUUGAUCACAAAUGCAAACCUGUGUGAAAAAGAUGUGGUAGAAACUUGUAACAAUUGCAGGACUCUUUUCAUAUUGUAAUAUUUACCAGGCAAACGUUUCCAUUGUGAAAACAUUAAAAUAAAACACUACUGAACAA